CGAGUACUUGGCGAAAUCUCGAGCAAAUCACCACAAGAAUGCCCUUCCCGCCUUGCCCGUAACAUCCGCUGCUAAUUACGAAAUUACCCUCCCGCCUCCGGGAUUCCCAUGGACGCCAGCCUCCGCACACUGCCUCCGGCGAUCUUCCCCGGCGAGGUCCGCUCCGCCGUCUCCUCCCUCCUCCUCUCUCCCGGCGGCAGCGCCCUCGACACCGUGUUCUCCCACCUCCCGCCGCCCGUCACCAUCCCGCCGCUCGGCUCCAGCGUCUACUACCGCCAGAGCGAGCUCCUGCGCCACUUCGCCGCGUCGCAGGCGGCGCAGGCGCAGAGCGCCACCGCCGCCGCCAGCUCUUCGUCGGCCGCCGCGGCGGGUCUCGACGAUGGCGCGCCGCGGAAGCUGUACCGCGGCGUGCGGCAGCGGCAGUGGGGGAAGUGGGUGGCCGAGAUCAGGCUGCCGCAGAACCGGGUGCGCGUGUGGCUCGGCACCUACGACUCGCCGGAGACCGCCGCGCACGCCUACGACCGCGCCGCGUUCAAGCUCCGCGGCGAGUACGCGCGCCUCAACUUCCCCGGCGUCAUGGACGGCCGCGACUGCCCCGACAACCUGCGCCAACUCCGCGACGCCGUCGACGCCAAGAUCCAGGCCAUCCGCGUCCGCAUGGCGCGCAAGCGCGCGCGCGCGCGCCGCCAGCGCGAGGAGAGCAAGAAGAGCCAACGCGCCGAGGACGCGAAGGCGGCGACGCCGUCUCGCCCCGUGGCCUCCGAGCGCGCCGCGUCCGAGACGACGACGACGACAACCACGACGUCGUCGUCGUACGGGUCACCGGACGGCGUGCUCUCCAUGAGCGCGGCGUCCGUCGACGGCGACUGCCCGCUCGAGCGGAUGCCGUCGUUCGAUCCCGAGUUGAUCUGGGAGAUGCUUAACUUCUAGCUGCGUAGAUGGAGUACGAACCAUGGACACGAACCAACCGACACCAAGGUCCAUGGAUGGCCAUGAUUGGUUGCAGAGUUUGAGCUCUUAGAAAUUCUUCGCUGUUAGGUGAUGAUGGAUUAUUGGUUAUUUGUGAAGGUUAUAACCUAGAAAUAUUAGAAGGAUAUCAGCAAUAAAUCGUCCCGAGAAAAUUGGGCUUUGUUAGAAAUGACUAAUUAGUAACAACAUGUAUACUCGAAUACUCGAUCUGUCGUGGGUUUUUGCAUCGACAAAGUUGUAAAAACUAAUCACUGAAUUUCUAGCUCUACAAAAAUGUUGCUCGUA